AUGCAAGAUUUACUCUGGGGAAACCAUAGCUCUCUUACUGAGUUUAUUCUUUUAGGAUUCUCUCGUAACACAGAGAUAAACUUUAUUCUAUUCAGUGUCUUCCUCUUCCUCUACCUCAUCACCCUUCUGGGCAAUGGGCUCAUUAUCACCUUGAUACGCAUGGACUCACGCCUCCACACACCCAUGUACUUUUUCCUCAGUGUCCUAUCCAUUAUGGAUAUGGGCUACGUCACCACCACAGUGCCCCAGAUGCUGAUACACCUGGUUUGCAAGGAGAAGACCAUCUCCUACAUUGGAUGUGUGGCCCAGAUGUACAUAUUCCUGAUGCUAGGAAUCACGGAGUCUUGGCUUUUUGCAAUCAUGGCUUAUGACAGGUAUGUGGCCAUUUGCCAUCCCCUGAGGUAUAAAGUCAUUAUGAGCCCUUUGCUAUGUGGGUCAAUGGUGGCCUUCUGUGGAUUCUGGGGUAUCAGCUGUGCCCUGAUAUACACUGUCUCUGCUAUGAUUCUUCCCUAUUGUGGUCCUAAUGAGAUCAAUCACUUCUUCUGUGAAGUACCUGCAGUCUUGAAGCUGGCCUGUGCAGACACAUCUCUCAAUGAUCAGGUGGACUUCAUCUUGGGCUUCAUUCUUCUGUUGUUCCCACUCUCCCUCAUCAUCAUUGUCUACAUUAAUAUUUUUGCUGCCAUCUUGAGGAUUCGCUCAGCCCAAGGGCGGCUCAAGGCCUUUUCCACUUGUGCCUCCCACAUCACUGUUGUCACUAUGUUCUCUAUACCAUGUAUGGUUAUGUACAUGAGACCUGGUUCUGAGUCUUCCCCAGAAGAAGACAAGAAGUUGGCUCUAUUCUACAAUGUUAUCUCUGCCUUCCUUAACCCCAUCAUCUAUAGUCUUAGGAACAAAGAUGUGAAGAGGGCUUUCCUCAAGGUGACAGGCUGGGGCAAAGCACAAGAAUGA